AUGGUUCCAAGACAUCGCAUGCCGUGGUGCUCCACAUCGUUUGCCAAUCCAACGACGGCAAGCUAUGGUGGACUCAUGAGUCAAGGAUAUGUGCCUCCGGGACAGUUCGAGGACCUGCUCAACCUUAUCCGUCAAGCAUCUGCAGCGUCGGAGCGCGCCAUGAAUGCCGCAAAGUAUGCAGAGAUGGCUGCAUCCGCUGCUGGAGCUGCCGGCCAGCAGGCUGUUGUUCGGGCCAUGCACAUGGCCAAUGCCCCUGGCGCUCCAACAGCUGCACCGUUUUCGCCUGGAGCUCCUGAUCCUGGAGUAGGCGCGAUGACGAUCAACCACCAGAGGGCAGCAAUGGACGUGGAAUCGGGUGCAGAGGGGCCUCAUGUCGAGGAGGUGCCACCCCCACCUUUGCCUCCAGCGGGCCCAAGCGCCAGACGAACAAGAGUUCAGCUUCCGGAUCAUGAUCAUGAUGAUGGUCCUACAUAUUAUCGCCUUGGCAUCGACUACCCGAUUGACGCUGACGACGACGAGGUGAUGCAUCAGUGUGCGCGCAUCAAGAAGUUGGAAAAUCUAGAGGCUGUUGGAAAGAAGCUCCGGAAAUUAUGCUUGAUCGCCAACUGUGUCGAGAAGAUUGAGAACCUGGAGACCAACACAAACCUCGAGCAUUUGGAGCUCUAUCAAAACAUGGUGAAGAAAAUCGAGAACAUCAGCCAUUUGCGGAACCUCACUGUGCUGGAUUUGUCAUUCAACAAGAUCCGCAGCAUAGAGCCACUGGCAGCUUGUCCCUUUGAGUAUUUGGAGAAUCUGUACUUGUCAAGCAACAAGAUCGUGGACGUGGAGGGCAUCUUUCAUCUCACCCAGUUGAAGAUGUUGGAACUUGGAUCCAACAGGAUUAGAGCUAUCCCGGAGCAGGUUUCGUCCCUUGUGAAUUUGAAAGAGCUUUGGCUGGGCAAGAACAAGAUUACUAGUAUGUCUUUGCCAUCACUACCUGCUCUGCGACAUCUCAGCUUGCAAAACAAUCGGCUGGAGUCUUGGGAGCCUUCGUUUUUUCAUAAUCUUGCUGGCCUGACCCACCUCUACGUGGGCCAUAACAACCUGCCUGACCUUCCUGACGAGUUUGCUUUGCUGACAGACCUGGUUGAAGUGGACUUAGUGAGAAAUGCUAUCACCCAGAUAAAGCCUAUCCCAGAGCUGCGGAAGCUGCAAGAAUUGUGGAUGAACGACAACAAGAUCGAGGACCUGGCGCAGAUUGCCAACCUGGCAUCUUUUCCAUCCUUGAAAACGAUUUAUCUGGAACGGAAUCCAAUGCAGGAUUUAGGGAACAAGCAAGCAGAAGAGAGGUACCGCGAGGCGAUCCUUCAAGCAGUCCCCUACAUCGAACAACUUGACGCCGAGCGCUUGAAUGUUGAGUUGAAAGUCAUCAGUGAUGGAACAGAGCGACAAGUUAUGGGCAUUCGGCGAGCCUAG